AUGUCAAGUGAUGAAGAUAUAACUACCCCAUUGGUAGAAGAAAGAAGAGAAGUCAAGCCAGGCUAUCUCCCAAAAGAAGAAAUUGAAUGGGAAUUCGGUGGACCAGUUGGUGCACUUGGUAUGAUGGUAGGGUUUCCACUUUUAAUGUAUUAUAUGUGGAUUAGUGCACAAUUCUACGAUGGUAAACCAGCAUGGCCAGCGGAAAAUCAAACGUGGAAAGAGUUUGUUGCUGGAGACUUGUUCCAGUAUUUUGUUAAAUACGGAAUACCAUCCUUCAAGUCGUGGUUUAUUUUUACCUUGUUUAUCUUGGUCCAAGCUGCGUUUUACUUAACCUUGCCAGGUAUCUGGACCAAGGGUCAACCAUUGACUCAUUUAAACAAUAAGCAAUUGCCAUAUUACUGUAAUGCCAUCUGGUCAUUCUACACAUCUCUUGCAAUUGCACUUGUGUUGCACUUCACCGGCCUUUUCAGAUUGACCUACAUUUUGAGUCAUUUCGGUGAAAUAAUGACUACUGCUAUUAUUUAUGGGUUGACUUUACCAGUUAUCUUGUACUUAGUAUGCAUUCAUGUUACUGGUGAUUACCAUCGUAUGACUGGUAACCAUAUUUAUGAUAUUUUUAUGGGGGCUCCUUUAAACCCAAGACUUGGUAAGUAUUUGGAUUUUAAGAUGUUCUUCGAAGUUAGAAUUCCAUGGUUCAUCUUAUUCUUCUUGACCUUAGCGUUGAAUUUAAAACAAUUUGAGGAAUAUGGCUAUGUUUCUCCACAAGCGUUGUUUGUUUUAUUGGCACAUUGGUUAUACGCUAACGCCUGUGCAAAAGGUGAAGAAUUGAUUGUUCCUACCUGGGAUAUGGCUUACGAAAAAUUCGGAUUUAUGUUACUCUUCUGGAACAUUGCUGGUGUUCCAUUCACUUAUUGUCAUUGCACUUUGUAUUUGGCUUAUCACGAUCCAAAAGAAUACCAAUGGUCAAUCGGAUACAAUAUCGCCAUUUAUGUUAUACUUUUAGUUGCAUAUUACUUCUUUGACACUGGUAACCGUCAAAAGAACAGUUUCAGAAGACAAAUGGCUGGUAACACUUCUAUUCGUAAGACUUUCCCAUAUUUGCCUUACUCCGAUUUGGAAAACCCUAAGUACAUCAAGUGUGCUAAUGGUUCCUACUUACUUACCGAUGGUUGGUACGUAUAUGCACGUAAAAUGCAUUACACUGCAGACUAUACUCAAUCUCUUACUUGGGGUUUAAUUUGUGGUUUUGCUUCACCAUUCCCUUGGUUUUUCCCCGUCUUUUUCUUGAUCGUUUUAAUUCACAGAGCCCUUAGAGAUACGAGAAAGUGUGAGAGAAAGUACGGUGAAGAUUGGGAUAGAUACUUGGAAGCUUGUCCAUACAUGUUUAUUCCUUACGUCUGGUAA